GAGCAUGGAAGCCGGAUGAAUAGGAGAUACUGCAGCUGCUGCCCUGCCUGCCUGUCUGUGCUGAGCCUGCACAUAAUCCUCCCUGCCUGUGAACACACCACAUCAGUUACAGUAACAUCAGGUUGGUGUGGAUUUCUGUAGAGCAGGCAAAAUCACUAUGGGGUAGGAAGAGUCAACUGUGCUGAAAGUAUCAGUAUGCUCUACUACCUGCUGCCACUCCAUGCUGCUGGGUGGAACUGACUUCCUCCAGUGUCUUGGGAUUAUUGACCUAGCCGCAUCCAGCAAAUGUAAGAAAAUCACUGAUUCUUGUUGGUCUCCCCUCAAGUACCCGCCAAUCCUUGAAGGCUCCAUUCUCUAAACUGGCCUUCAUACUCAACGUGUCAGCCAUAAAGAAUACAAUGGUUAAGAAGGUAGCAGUGGUCGGGGCAGGUUGCAGUGGAUUGCCUACCAUUAAAUGCUGUUUAGAUGAAGGACUGGAGCCAACAUGCUUUGAAAGAACUGAAGACAUUGGAGGACUCUGGAGAUUUAAGGAAAACCCUGAGGAGGGAAGAGCCAGCAUUUACAAUUCUGUUAUAAGCAAUACUUCCAAGGAAAUGACAUGUUACAGCGAUUUCCCAAUGCCUGAGGAUUAUCCAAAUUAUAUGCAUAAUUCAAAGCUUUUGCAGUACUUCCGUCUCUAUGCGGAACACUUCAAACUUUUGCAGUAUAUUCGAUUCAAGACCACAGUUUGCAGCAUACGGAAGCGCCCGGACUUCAGCAUGACUGGCCAAUGGGAUGUUACUUCAGAAUGCAAUGGAAAACAACAAACAGAAAUAUUUGAUGCUGUCUUAAUCUGCAUUGGACAUCACUGUACCCAAAACCUGCCACUUCAUAACUUUCCAGGUAUUGAGAAUUUCAAAGGCCAAUAUUUGCACAGUCGGCAAUACAAAAACCCCCACCCUUUCAAGAACAAAAGGAUUAUUGUUGUUGGCAUUGGGAAUACAGCUGUUGAUCUGGUUGUGGAAUUAAGUUCUGUGGCUAAACAGGUUUACCUCAGCACCAGGAGAGGAGCAUGGAUUGUAAAUCGUGUGUGUGACAAUGGCUACCCCCUGGAUACAGUCCAGUCCACUCGUUUUAAUUGCAUCGUUCAGGGCAUGAUUCCAGUGCUUACAAACAAAUUAAUCGAGAGUAAAAUCAAUGCCAGGGUAAACCAUGACAACUAUGGUCUUACACCCCAGCACAGGUUCCUCAGCCAGCAACCAACAGUCAGUGAUACUCUACCCAACCGCAUUAUCUCUGGCAAAGUGCUCCUGAAAACCAAUGUUAAGCGUUUCACUGAGACUGAUGUCAUCUUUGAAGAUGGGACAGUAGAGAAAGAUAUAGACGUGGUCAUUUUUGCCACAGGUUAUGUUUUCAGUUUACCAUUUUUGGAAGAGUCAGUAUUGAAAGUCCAAAAUAAUGAAAUUUCUUUGUACAAAAUGAUCUUUCCUCCUAACCUGGAAAAGCCAACUCUGGGAUGCAUUGGUUAUAUCCAGCCUUCUGGAGCUUUUAUGCCCAUUGCAGAGAUGCAGGCCCGCUGGGCAACCAGAGUGUUCAAAGGCCUUCACCAAUUGCCAUUAGUGGAAGGAAUGAGGAAGGAAAUUACAGAAAGAAAACAAAAAAUACAGAGCAGGUAUUUCAAAAGUAAGCGUCACACCUUGCAAGUGGGUUAUGUAUCUUACAUGGAUGAAAUCGCUACAGAGAUAGGCUGCAAGCCAGAUGUAAGAAAAGUCAUGCUGGCCGAUCCUAAACUGGGCUGGGAACUAUUCUUUGGCCCCUGCUCCCCCUACCAGUAUCGCCUGUUUGGACCAGGGAAAUGGAAAGGUGCCAGACAAGCCAUUCUGACUCAGAUGGAUCGUAUCAUAAAGCCAACAAAAACAAGAGUCCUGAAGAAUGAUGACAUAACUCAGGCCUCUCUUCCCUUUGGCUUUAAGCCUUUUGGCUUUAAGAUUCUUGGAAUCCUGAUGGUUUUUGUUGCCAUGUAUGCCAUGAUUUAAGGUGUAUGCCACUAGCAACCAUUAGAAAAUCAGUAGCAGAGAAAUGGAGGCUAAACCUGUUAUUAUGUAUUUCUCUGAGAACUCUUGCUAUAAAUUCCUGCCUUUUAUUGGCAAGCUUCCAGUUCUCUACAAAAAACUUGAAUAGUUCAUUAAUGUCAAUAAUUGUUGUCUUAUUUAUAUUUAAUAUUUAAUCUAGAGCCUUUAGUGUUUAGUAAUAAUUGUCUGUGUGUUGUUAAUUUAAACCUGCAGUAAGUAUGUUCCAUGGACCUUCUAAUGCAUAUAUACUUGCAAUGGAUAUGGAAAAGUAGAAGUUUUGUAUUUUGUUUUUCUUGCUCAAUAAAACCGGAGUUGCUAACUACA